GACAGACAGAGGCAAGUGGACCGGUUUGAAGCUAAGCUAAUUCAGUUACAUUACAUCCGCUGAAUUGGCAGCGGGUAGGCGCCAGUCGUGUUUGACAACAGCGCCGUUCGGUCACGUUCCCGCUGUUGUUGAUGUUGUUUCUAGCUGCCGACUGAAGCGGCAAAAAAGAAAAAGAGACCUCACAUCGGUUGAAGAGAAAACUGAAGCAUGGCAGAAUUCCUCGAAGAUCCGUCGAUUCUCACGAAAGAUAAGCUGAAGAAUGAGCUCACUGCCAACAAUGUGCCACUUCCCAGCGGAGAGCAUAAAAAAGAAGUGUAUGUGCAGCUGUAUCUGAAAAACUUAACCGUAUUGAACAACAAGAAGAGCCCACCUGCAGACACCUUCUCCAGCGACGAGGAGUUACCUGCUCCCGUGGUGUCCAACAAAAGUCGAUCCGGAAGAAAAGCUACUAAAAAGACAGACAAGCCUCGCAUAGAGGAAAUGGAAGUAACAGACCUGACUGAUGAAGAUUUAAAACAACAGCUGGCAAAGCAUGGUGUGGACUCGGGACCCAUUGUUGCCACAACCCGUAAGUUGUAUGAGAAGAAGCUGCAGAAGCUUUUGGACCAGCCUCCAGCUGAACCUGAAGUUCCUACAGAUGUCACAGCUCUCCCCAAGGUGGACAGUAACCAGAAUGGCAACACAAAUUCUGACCAGUACAGUGACAAGGAAGAUGAAGAGAUCACUGCCCCUGAACCAGAGCCAGUUCCUGUGGUAGAGAAGCCUGUGAGGAGCAGAGGGAAGGCUCCAGUUACCGCCAGGACCAGCAGUAGACGACAAACCAAGGUGGUGGUGGAGGAAAUUAUUAUUGAAGAGACCCCAAAGAAAGCCAGUGAGAGUGUUGUUGAAGAUAUCCUUGCCAAUGAAAUAAGCACACCAACAGGCAUCAGUGCAACCUGCAGGCGCCCAAUCCGAGGGGCUGCUGGUCGACCUGUAAAACCAAGUGAGUACUGGCUGGAUGAGUCCCGCGUGCAGCACAGCGUCCACACUGAGAGCCGCUCUUACUCAGAGUCUUUCUCUCGACCGGGCAGCACCAUCUCUUCGAGCAAACCCGCAGCCCGACAAGGCUUCCUGUCCAUGUUGCUCAAACUCCUGCUUCUUGUUGUGGUGGGUGGCUCUCUCUACUAUGCCUACCAGAACCUGGAUGAGGAUCAGAUCAACACCCUGAAAGGCCUCCUGGACAGGGUCAUCGUCCCACUCCAGGGCGCUGUGGACAACGCAGCCACUUACCUGGGCAUCAGCAGCAGCGGUGCUGCAGAGAGCGGUGGGAAGUAAAGACCCUCAGCAGUCCCUCGCCAUGCCCACACCACCUCCCUGCCGCCUGCCACAGCACACCAUAACUCAAGCAGAAAACUUGGCUCACCUCUUACCUUUUCCUACAUGGUUGGACAAAGGACAUAGAUUUAAUUGGAAUGAUAAACUUUUUCCUCUCUGGAUUCCAGCUUUCCUCCCACCACAAGAGGGAGGUAUAACUCAAACAGUAGCUUCUGGAUAACCCUUUUUUGUGGCAGUCAGAAGAGACUAAUUUUAAUGUUGAUUUUAAUCUGUGAAUUGUUUGUGUCUUUGUGUGUAUUUAACCCUUGUCUGUAGAAACAAGUGCAGAAUGGAGAGGCGAGUUUAUUCAUGCAUGGUUAUAGUUUUUGAAGGUCAUACUGUAGUUUCUAAUGCUGUGCCAGGUGUUUUUCUGAUGGUGAAGUGCCUGGACACUGUUAGCACUUAGUGCCCUCCCAUUUUUCAAGCACAAAGCAGCGCUACUACUAAUACCAGAAUGUCUACAUGUGUUUCUAUAUAAAUUUCAAAAUUUUCUCUGUAGCUAUAGAAUUAGGUAGAGUGAUUCAUUAUUUCUAUGGUGCUCAGGUCAAUUCAGCUCAACCUUUUUAUUGUGGUCUGUGCUGGGAGGAGACACGUGGUGUAAUCAGGUCACAUCACUGCAUGAGGAAAAUCAGCCCACGUUCAUGUUGAAGUAAAAACAAACUUUUUUUUCCCUCCAGUGGCUGAUCACUGCUUGAGUCAUCAUAUAUGGGGCUCUAUGUUUAUGACUAAACUGAUAAUUCUGGUCAGUCUGUAUUGUAAUCAUGAUUUUUACUGUCAUUGAAUUGUAAGACAGAAGGAAAUGUAUUGUACAUUUGGCUCUUGUAUCAUCCUCAUCGAUUUUCAAACAGAAAAUCUUAAAUGAAACAGCUUUUAACAUCUGAUAAUCUACCAUUUAUCUGACCAGUACUCCUUGAGGAAACUGAAAUUGCAGUGUUUGAUCAUAGAUUAUUGAUUUUCCAGCCCUGCCGGUGUGCCCAUAUGAGUUUACAUGCUUUGGGUUUUAGUGCUCUGUUGUGCUUUCUUUUAUUUUGUUGUUUUUGUUGGAUUUCUGAUCCUUCAGUCUUAAAUGCAGGACUGGCUGUUGCAGUGCACCCACAUAGCCCACCUCACUGACUGCAUGUAUCCAGACAUUGCAGAUCUGGAGAAAGUAAAUCUUUUUUGGGACAGUUAAUCAGUAUAUUCUCUUCAGAACUCUUGAUUACCUCUGCCUGUGCAAAUUACCAUAAUUAACACGCUGUAGUUAAUGAGGUGCAAGGAUUUAUUCAUUGGAAGGUGAUGUUGGGAAGAUUUCUGGGGGAUCUUUGUUUCUAUUUUGAUAUUUUUCUAAAGCGGUGUGUUCAACUUUUUUAUAGCACAUUUUAAGGUAACAUUUGAAAGCAAUAUGUAAUACAUGCAAGUGAUACUGUAUCUUAAUCUGAACCUUGCUGAUUUAACACAACGGAUUCAUCAUCAGGCAGCUCUCCCACAAUGGACAGAAAUGACAGGGGUUAUGUGGGUAAGGAUUUUUAAUCUGUUUAUUUAUGAUAAUGUAGGCGGUGUAUCAUAAAAUAAACUUGGUUGUUACCAGA